CCUUUACAGCAUGCUGCGAGCCCACUGCGACCGGGCUCCGCCGCGCCGCGCCGCACUGCUGUACACGGCGCAGCGGCACGACGAGCUUCUCUUCACAGCGCAGCUCUCGCGCCUGGCGCAGCGCCUUCCGGGCCAUACACGCUUCAGGCUCGGCGCGACGCGCGAGCCGUCCUCCGCCGCCGCUCCUCCCCUCCCCGGAGCCGGCCGCCUAGACGGGCGCAUCGGUGAUGCGGCGCUCGAGGAGGCGCUGCGCUGGCUGGGGUGCGAGCCAAACGAGGUGCGCGAGGGCAGCGCGGUCCCGUGGAUGGCUGAGAGCGUGGCGCGCGAGCCGGGCACCGCGAGCGAGGCGUGCGCGGAGGGCGUGUGCGCGUAUGUCUGCGGACCGCCGCGCAUGACCGAUGAGAUCUGCGCCACGCUGCGGCGGAUGGGCGUCGGGCAAGUGCACGCCGAACGAUGGUGGUGAGCGCUGGUGGCACACGCACCGCAAUGCGUCGUCCAGGCUGCCGGGAAAGCCGGGUCUGACUAAAUUUGUUCAGCGCCAGUGCGCGCAGUCCCGUGCCCAGUGUUGUGCGGUCGCACCCCCGGCGCGCUCGGAACCGAACCCUGGGUUCUGACUUUUUGCUGGAGGGUACAAGGUAUGGUAGCGUCCGC